AUGUUGGCAGCCCUGGAGGAGUUCUGUGGCUCCGUCUUUUGGAAUGCCUCCUACCUCGCUCGUCCAGAUGCCGACCUGCCCGUGUGCUUCCAGCAGACUGUGCUGGUCUGGGUCCCCCUUGGCUUCUUCUGGAUUUUGGCUCCAUGGCAGCUCCUGCCCAUGUGCAAAUCCAGAGCCAAGAAAUCAUCUGUGACCAAACUCUACAUCAUCAAACAGGUGCUGGCUACCUUGUUGAUGCUGACGGCAGUGGCAGAGUUGGCCAUGGCAUUUGUAGAGGACACAGAGCAGGACCCCCUGCCAGCUGUCCAGUACACAAACCCCAGCUUGUACAUUGCCACCUGGCUCCUGGUCCUGCUGAUCCAUGAUGCACGACGCUCCUGCUUGUGCAGAGACUCGGGGAUACUUUUCUGCUUCUGGACACUGUCCCUGCUCUGUGGGAUAUUGCCAUUCCAGUCGCUCCUCCGGAGAGCCCUGCAGGCACCAAUCUCCGAUGUGCCACGGUUUGUCCUUUUCUUCGUCUCCUAUGGGCUCCAGCUGCUGCUCUUCCUUGUCUCAGGCUUCUCGGACGUUGCCCCAGAAACAAAGGAAAUCAGGAAGAAGAACCCAGAGGUGACAGCCUCCUUUCUGAGCUCCAUCACCUUUGAAUGGUACACCAGCAUGGUUUUCAAGGGCUAUCGCAAGCCCUUGGAGGUAGAGGAUAUCUGGGAAUUGAAAAGUAAAGACAAGACGCAGGCUAUUUACACUGUUUUGGAGAAGAACAUGAAGACUGCGGUGAGGAAGGCCCAAGCAGAACUGGAGAAACGGAAACGCAAGAAAAGACGCUGGGAAGGUGACCCAGACCAUGGGAACGACAUGAGCAAGGCCCAGAGCCAAGACAUCCUGGUGCUGGAGGAGAAGCAGCCGAAGAGGAAGAAGAAGGGAGACAAAGGGGACUCCAGCCCUCACAAGGAUUUCCCCAGGGGUUGGUUGGUGAAAACCCUGUGCAAGACCUUCUGGCAGAACCUCCUGUUAUCGGUGGCUUUCAAGCUGGUGCACGAUGGACUUGUGUUUGUCAGCCCCCAGCUGCUGAAGCUGCUGAUCACCUUUGUGUCGGAUGAGGAGUCCUUUGCCUGGCAAGGCUAUCUGUACGCCGUCCUGCUCUUCCUAACGGCGCUGAUCCAGUCCCUCUGCCUGCAGCAGUACUUCAGCUUGUGCUUCCAGCUUGGCAUAAACGUGCGUGCCAGUCUCAUCGCUGCCAUCUACAAGAAGGCACUCACCAUGUCCAGUGCCACCCGCAAGGAGUCCACGGUGGGAGAGACUGUGAAUCUAAUGUCGGCUGAUGCCCAGAGGUUCAUGGACAUGGCCAACUUUGUUCACCAGUUGUGGUCAUCCCCCCUGCAAAUUAUCCUGUCCAUCGUCUUCCUCUGGGGAGAACUGGGACCCUCUGUCUUGGCUGGCAUUGCAGUCAUGGUGCUGCUCAUCCCCAUAAAUGGGUUCCUGGUCACCAAGGCCAAAACCAUCCAGGUGAGGAACAUGAAGAACAAGGAUGAACGCAUGAAAAUAAUGAGUGAAAUCCUCAAUGGAAUUAAGAUCCUGAAGCUUUUUGCCUGGGAGCCUUCAUUUGAGAAGCGAGUCAAUGAGAUCCGGGCACGUGAGCUCAAGGACUUGGUGAACUUCGGUUACCUGCAGUCAAUCUCUAUCUUUGUGUUCACGUGUGCCCCCUUCCUGGUCUCCUUGGCCAGCUUUGCCGUCUACGUGCUGGUGGAUGAGAACAACAUCCUGGAUGCACAGAAGGCCUUUACUGCCAUCUCCCUUUUCAAUGUGCUGCGCUUCCCCAUGGCCAUGCUGCCCUUGGUCCUCUCUUCCCUGGUGCAGACCAAUGUAUCGACUGCGAGGCUGGAGCGCUACCUGGGCGGGGAAGAUCUGGACACCUCAGCUAUCCACCACAACCCCAUUGCAGGCAGCGCUGUGCGUUUCUCGGAGGCCACCUUUGCCUGGGAGCAGGACGGCAACGCUGUGAUAAGAGAUGUCACGCUGGACAUAGCGCCUGGGAGCCUGGUGGCCGUGGUGGGGGCUGUGGGCUCAGGCAAAUCUUCACUGGUGUCAGCCAUGCUUGGGGAGAUGGAGAAUAUCAAGGGACACAUCAACAUCCAGGGCUCGCUGGCCUAUGUGCCCCAGCAGGCCUGGAUUCAGAAUGCCACACUGAAAGACAACAUCCUUUUUGGGUCAGAAUUGAAUGAAGCCAGGUAUCAGCAGGUCAUCAAGGCCUGCGCCCUCCUUCCAGACCUGGAACUGCUGCCUGCGGGUGACCAGACAGAGAUCGGAGAGAAGGGCAUUAACCUCAGUGGGGGCCAGAAGCAGCGGGUCAGCUUGGCCCGGGCAGUGUACAGCAACGCAGACAUCUACAUCCUGGACGACCCCCUCUCUGCCGUGGAUGCUCACGUUGGCAAGUACCUCUUCGAGCAUGUGCUGGGGCCAAAAGGGCUGCUGCAAAAGAAGACACGGAUCUUGGUGACGCACAGUAUCAGUUUCCUGCCCCAGGUCGAUAACAUCGUGGUGCUGGUGGCAGGAGCAGUGUCUGAGCAUGGCUCCUACAGCACCCUGCUUGCAAACAGGGGGGCCUUUGCCCAGUUCCUGAACUUGUACAGCAGCCAGGAGGAGGAUGCUUCAGAGAAAAAUCCUACAGCUGGGGAUGAAGAGCAGGGUGAUGAAGAUGUUGAGCCUUGUGUGGAGGAGGGCCCUGAUGAUGUGGUGACCUCGAGCCUGAAGCGAGAGGCCAGCAUCCAUCAGAGAGAGUUCAGCCGCAGGUGGGAAAUCAACCUGAGCUCUCAGCGCUCUCUCCUGCCCCGCUCCCUCCAAGACAGGGGUCUCAGGGCUUCCCAGGGGGAGCCCCCCAAGAAGCUGAAGGGCCAGCAACUGAUUGAGAAAGAAGCUGUGGAAACCGGCAAGGUGAAGUUCUCCAUGUACCUGCGGUACUUGCGUGCUGUUGGCUUGUGGUAUUCUUUCUGGAUUGCCAUGGGCUACGUUGGACAGUACAUCGCCUUCGUGGGGACCAACCUGUGGCUCAGCGUCUGGACUGGCGAUGCGCAGCGCUACCUCAACCAGACCUAUCCCGUGGAGCAGCGAGACCUGCGGAUUGGUGUCUUUGGGGCGCUGGGGGUGUCACAAGCUCUUUUCCUGCUCUUUGCAACUAUCCUGUCUGCUCAUGGUGCCAUGCGAGCCUCCCGGAUUAUGCAUCAGCAACUGCUCAGCAACAUCCUGCGUGUGCCCAUGAGCUUUUUUGACACGACCCCAACUGGACGCAUUGUGAAUAGGUUUGCCAAGGACAUCUUCACGAUAGAUGAGACCAUUCCCAUGUCCUUCCGUAGCUGGCUUUCCUGUUUCAUGGCCAUCAUUAGCACAUUGCUCAUGAUCUCCCUGGCCACUCCAUUCUUCACUCUCGUUAUCAUUCCCUUGAGCAUCUUCUACUAUUUUGUGCUGCGCUUCUAUGUCUCCACAUCACGCCAGCUACGGCGUCUGGACUCUGUAACUAGGUCUCCCAUCUAUUCCCACUUUGGAGAGACAGUGUCAGGCCUUUCCGUGAUCCGGGCCUACGGACACCAAGGACGGUUCCUGCAGCAAAAUGAGAGCACCAUGGACAUCAAUCAGAAAAGUGUUUACUCCUGGAUAGUCUCAAAUAGGUGGCUGGCCAUCCGUCUGGAGUUUGUUGGGAGCCUGGUGGUCUUCUUCUCUGCGCUUCUAGCUGUGAUAUCAAAGGGCACUUUGGAGGGCGGCAUCGUGGGUCUUUCUGUCUCCUCUGCCCUCAAUGUGACCCAGACACUGAACUGGCUGGUGCGGACAUCUUCGGAGCUGGAGACAAACAUUGUGGCUGUGGAGCGGGUACACGAGUACACGAAGGUGAAGAACGAGGCUCCGUGGGUGACAGAAAAGCGUCCACCCCGUGGCUGGCCCAGCAAAGGCGAGAUCCAGUUUGUUGACUACAAAGUUCGUUACCGACCUGAACUGGAGCUGGUUCUUCAGGGGAUCACCUGCAAUAUUGGGAGCACUGAGAAGGUUGGGGUUGUGGGCCGGACCGGGGCUGGAAAAUCCUCCCUCACCAACUGCCUCUUCCGGGUGCUGGAGGCCGCUGGAGGGACGAUCAUCAUCGAUGAGGUGGAUAUAGCAACGAUCGGCCUCCAUGACCUGCGCCAGAACCUCACUAUCAUCCCCCAGGACCCCGUGCUCUUUACUGGCACCCUGCGGAUGAACCUGGACCCCUUUGACCAGUACACAGACGAGGAGGUCUGGAAGGCCCUUGAGCUGGCCCACCUGAAGACAUAUGUGCAAGACCUUCCCGAGGGUCUGCUGCAUCUUGUGAGCGAGGGAGGGGAGAACCUGAGUGUUGGGCAGAGGCAGCUGGUGUGCCUGGCCCGGGCCCUUCUCCGCAAAGCCAAGAUCCUCAUCCUGGAUGAAGCAACAGCAGCUGUAGAUCUGGAAACUGAUCAUUUAAUCCAGACAACGAUCCGGAGCGAGUUUGCUGACUGCACUGUCCUUACCAUCGCUCACCGCCUCCACACCAUCAUGGACAGCAACAGGGUGAUGGUGCUGCAGGCCGGGAGGAUUGUGGAAUACGACAGCCCCGAGGAGCUGCUCAAGAAGCAGAGCAUCUUCUCCGCCAUGGCAAAGGAUGCCGGCAUCACAAAUAUAGAAACCACCAUGCUGUAG